UUGGAAAAUUAUUUGUUUUUAGAAAAUGGGUUUUCAAACCCCAUUUAGUGCUACAUUGAAUAUCUAAAGUUAAUUAAACUGAAUAAUUUUUUUAUAUUUUAAAACUUGAGACAAUUUAUUCUAUCAUACAAUAAUUCAGUUGAGUUGGCAAAAAUUAUUUCAUCAUUUGUUAAAAGGGGGAAAAAUUUCUACAUUAAUAAAUUUUUGAGGUUAGAAUGUGAGAAUCUGUUUCCAAGAUUUAUAUCAAUGUUUGCCCGAUUAGUAUGACGCGAGCUGUCGAAGGUACAUAUAUAAAGUUCACUGUCCCUUGAUGACUUGGGAACAUGAAGUGAAUAUGUAGUGAAAGCUCCUUGAAUGAAAAUUAGAGGAGACAAAUGUUGACUCUCUGUGUAUACUGUUGACCACCAGUCAUUCGGCUCCGAUCUGCACCAAAAUAGUUUCAUUUAAUCGCAUAUUUAAUUUUUUUUUUUUUUUUAAAGAUUCAUUUAAUUUUUAAAAGAGGAAAUUAACCGCAUAAUCACAUUAUUAUAAAAAGAAAAAUGGAUAGCUCUGAAUAUGAAUUGGUACGUAAUUUGACACUUCUCUUUUUCUUUGAACGACUCAUGGAUAAAGGAGGUCCACGAACAUUACAUGAUUUAAGUUGUCAAUUUGGAGCAAAAGGUUUUACAAAAGAGAUGCGUCAAAUAGCCGGUGGUUCACAGAGUGGACUUAAAAAAUUUUUAUCACAAUAUCCAUCGCUCUUUCUUAUUGACGAUGAUUAUGUAUCGGUAAAUACAUUUCAACCAAUAAUUGAGGAGGACAGUGGAUCAAAAUCAAGUGGUAAACGUGAUUAUGCACGUGAAGCUGUUGAAUAUUUUUCUAAUAAAUUGAUGCAGUACGGAGCCGGAACUGAGGUGCCGAUAAAAAGUCUUCUUGGACAUCGUUCACAAGCAUCGCCAGAGGUACGACAUAUAUCUGGUCAGCAUUAUAAAGAAUUUCAAAGUUUUCUUGAAAAACAUCCCGAUGCAUUUGUUGUUAAUGAAGAUACAGUAAUAUUAAAACAAUAUGAAGGUAUGAAAGCGGAACCAUUUCGUGAAUUGGAACCUGAUAUUUCAAUUGAUCCUGAAGUUACAGCGAGAUUAUUAGAUUUUUUUGCCAUGUCAAUUGAACAAAAAGGUGUAAUAACUGUUGAUCAAUUAUUUUUAAUGGUAAAUGAAAAAUUUCCCCAAGAUACAAUAUUUCAAACACAUCAAGAUUUAUCGACAUUUUUGAAAAUGUUCUCCGAUGCAUUUCAUGUGCAAAGUAAUUUGGUUACAUUAAUUGGUCGACCAAAAACUUAUACUGAUGGUAAAAUAAAAAAGGAAAAUGCUAAAAACCAAAAUCAAAAUAAUAAUCUACAAAAUAAAAAUUCAAGUUCAAUUCAAAUAUCGCAGCAAAUUUUUCAAAAUUCAUCAAAUAAUCAACAACCAGAUAGUAUUGUUUCAAAUAAUAGUUCAAGCUCGCAGCCUAAUUCAUUGCAAAAUAUAUUACAUUCACCGACUGAGAGUAAUAAUAAUUCACCGCCAAUUAGUUUACAACAACAAACAUUGAAGCAAAGAAUAAAUACACUUGUAAUGAAAACUUUAGCUGAUAAUACAGAGAGAGAUCGUAGUUUACAAAGUGUACAAAUGGGUGACGCUUGGAAAUUGAAGGUGAUACAGCAAACAACAGUGAUUGUUAAUCCUCGUGAGUGCCUUCGAAUUGUUGAAGAUAUUAUGAAUCCAAGACGACCACCACCUGAUGGUAAAAUUGUCAUUUCUUUUGAUUGUGAAGGAGUUAAUCUUGGUAUGAAGGGACAAUUAACACUUCUUCAAAUUGGAACAAUAAGUGGACAAUCUUAUAUUUUUGAUUUAUGCACAUGUCCAAGUUUAAUUCAAGCCGGUGGACUUCAUAGGCUUUUAGAAAAUGAAAACGUAAUUAAAGUAAUUCAUGACUGCAGAAAUGACAGUGUUAAUCUUUAUAAUCAAUUUGGAAUCGUUCUUAACAAUAUUUUCGACACUCAGGCUGCUCAUGCUAUUUUACAAUUUCAAGAAACUGGUAAACCUGUGUAUAAAGUAAAAAAUGUUAAUUUAAAUGCACUUUGUGAACUUUACGGCGCGCCAUGUAAUCUUUUAAAGGAACAAUUGAAAAAUAUUUAUCGUCGUGAUCAAAGAUAUUGGUCACGACGUCCAUUAACUCGUGAUAUGUUAAUUUAUGCUAGUAGCGAUGUUCUUAGUCUUGUUCCACAAAUUUACAAUGCCAUGUCAAGACUUAUUAAGCCAGAGAUGUUGACACUUUUUGCGGAAUUGUGCGAGGAACAAGUGUGCAUGCAUAUAAAGCCACAGGAUGUGAAAACACGAAAAAAACAACGUAAAGUUGAAACAGAAGUGGCUGAUCUUCGUAAAAGAAUGGAAGAUACAACGGGAAAAAAUAUUGUUCUUAGCAAUCGGGAAAUUCGUCUAUUGCGCUAUUUAUCACUCACCGAAGAGGAAAAGGAAAAAUUGAAAGGUAGCUAUAAGGUUGCAAAAAAAUUGGAAAAACUUGAGAACAUGGGAGAUAAAGAUAAAGGCGAUUCAAGUGAUGACGAUGAUGAUGAGGAUAAAAAUGAUGACGCUGAAUAUCCGAGUCUCGAUUCCGAAACAUCACACUCAGGCGGUGUAGUGUCACCACGUAAUUCAGAAGCGCCAAGUUUAACUGAAUCAAUGCACAUGAUGGACGAAAUUCUCUCGGACGUGCAAAUGGAUCGAUUUGAAAAAAUUGAACGACUCGAAGCAAUUUUAUCGGCAGUUACUGGUUCAUCAAAUGACACUGACACUUUAGAUUCAGUGUCAACGACAACAUCACCUGCAAAAUAUACGUGUAUGUGCCAAGUAAACAAAAUUUCAAAUCAAUCACAAAGUGUUCCAAAAGAAAAUCAAGAAGUCGCGUGUCAAACUCUAAGCACUGGUGAUAUUGUAAUCACAAGGAUUCAUUUCUCCGAGGAGGAAAAGGAACGCGAAAGAUUACUCAAUUCACCAAAAAAAUAGGUAGUUUGAAAAUUUUAGUCUCAUUUUUUUUUUUUUUUUUGGAAACUGCACGGGCCUCUUAAAAAUAACAAACGAAAAUAAUUUUAAUAAUCGCGACAGUUUGAAGGACGAGUCAUUUUUAGUUUUUUUUUUUCUUAGAUAAUUUUUUAACCAUUUGUUUUUUUUUUGCUGCUUUUAAAAAUUUUUUUUUGAAUUUUUAACAAAAAGAGAUUUUUUUUAAUUCUCUGAUUAAUUUAUUAAUACGAUUAUGGAACAUUUUACAAUGUUUAUUAUUUAUUAUUAUAUAGAUAUUUAACAUAAAUGCAGCAUUUUACAUUAUUGCAUUAAUUAUACUAAUUAUAAUAGUUUUUUUUUUGUUUAAAUUUGGAUUUUUUCACGAUGUUUUGAUUGAGAGCUGUGCCAUUAUGUUUUGAUUUCAAUCAUGACACCGUUAAAAUAAUUAAUCGUUUAAUUAAAAUUGAAAUAAUUAAUUGUUAAAUUGAUCUUUUUUACGAUCAAUGUUUUUUAAAAUUUUUUCAAUCACGUUGAACAUGAUUUUUUUUU